UUGAUCGCCCUCUGAUGCCCAUCAGUGUUUGUAAACCACCACAAAGAAGCAGAUAUUUUCCAUUGACGUCCCCUUUGUUGUGAAACCUGUCGACCUCGAUGCUCGACCCUCCUCUUCCUGUCACAACAUGGGUUUCAGAGAAAAGGACCUCGAGCUGAAAACUUUCCACUCGAUCGAACCAAUCGCUGCUCGUAUGUCCUUUCAUGGUAAAGUACAUCUAGUCAUGAACACGGAAAUAAGCAGCAAAGACCUUGUUACUCAACGACCCAGCUACUCUCUGACAGUCACCAUCAGACCAUCAGACCCACAAGAUGGAGAGGCUGUGUGUCGCUCUGAUGACAUUCUUAUGUGCUGUUUCCUCCAGUCAGGGUGGGAUCUCUGCAGCAGAGGUGGAGCUGAGAGUCCGACCAGGAGACAACAUCACUCUCUACUGUGACUGUAUCAUAACUACUGGAGUUUAUAUUAUGUGGUAUAGGAACUGUUCUCACAAUUACCAGCCUCCUCUAGUUAUUUCAAUUUACAACCAAGAUCUUCAGGAAAUGUAUCAUAAUCCCAACCCUUUCACUGGUUAUAAUGUGGUGUGGAACCCCUCUAACAACUCCUAUGAUCUACUGAUUGAGAACAUCACUGAGUCUGACCUGGGACUCUACUACUGUGGGACGAAGGAGAACAAGGUCGUGGAUGAUGGAGGGAAAGGAAGAAUUAAAGAUAAAGAGUUGUACCACUAUGGAAACAUCACCACUAGGAUUUCACUUGACAUCAGUCCUCCUGAGUCCUCUUCCUCCUCCCCUGAUGUAGACUGUGGUCUGUGUUGGAUGUUGCUGUUCAGUCUGUGUCCUGUGUCUGCUCUCCUCUCCCUUUUCUGUGUCUACUCCUUCUGCAGAACAACAGCUCCAACUGAGACUCAGGUUCCUCUGAACAGGACGACCAGCAGGGGAAGUGACAGCAGAGAGCAGACUACAGUCAGAUACCUACGCAUCCAUUAAAUCCAGCAUUUUGAGACUGAAACCAUCCAUCAAUUCCAGCAGAGUGAGACCCAUUACCAGCCAUCAAUUCCAGCAGAGUGAGACCCAUUACCAGCCAUCAAUACCAGCAGAGUGAGACCCAUUACCAGCCAUCAAUACCAGCAGAGAGACCUAUACCACCCAUCAAUACCAGCAGAGUGAGACCUAUACCACCCAUCAAUACCAGCAGAGUGAGACCUAUACCAGCCAUCAAUACCAGCAGAGUGAGACCCAUUACCAGCCAUCAAUACCAGCAGAGUGAGACCCAUUACCAGCCAUCAAUACCAGCAGAGU